AAAAGAGGGUAUAGAAGAAGCCCCCACUUAUCUUCUAAAUGUGAAGCAGACAAGAAAUUUGUCUCUUAGAUGCUUCGUCAAUAGGUUCAUUGCCUUCAUGGGGGGAUUCCAGCUUUCCCAGCUCCUAUUCCCAUUAUUAAAGGAUCCAUUUUUUAACAAGACAGAGCUACUCUCAAGAGUGCAAAUUAAUAUGAACACAGAGGAUACCCUCCUUGCACAUAGAGGCCAGGAGGACAGACAAGAGGAAAUAAAGAAAUGUGAGCAACAAAGCAAAAACGACAAAGCUAAUAGCCCAAAGAAGAACUGA